CGCACACAAGUCGCCGAAGAAUGAGCUGCUGCCCCGUGAACAUGGAGCCCGCGAGGGCCACCGCCCCCGCCUCGGGCGCGAUCAAGACCUUCCGCCAGACUAAGCUCUUUGUGACAGGCCCCGCCAAGGCCAAGGCCGGCGUGCUGUCGCUCCCGGACAUUUUCGGCAUCGACAGCGGCCGCGUCCAGCAAGACGCCGAGGCGCUAGGCAAGCUGGGCUACGCGGUGGUGGUCGUGGACGCCGCCGACGGGGACUACAAGACGCCCGACAACAAGGGCGACAUGGCCGCGUGGCUCAACAAGUACAGCUUCGACAACUUCGCGGGCGCGCGCAUCGCCGACGCCAUCGCGUACCUGCAGCAGGAGGCCGGCGUGGAGACCAUCAGCAGCUACGGCUACUGCUGGGGCGGCUACCUGGGCGCGGCCCAGAGCGCGAGCGCCAACCCGAUGAUCAAGGGCCACGUGUCCUUCCACCCGAGCUGGGCGGCGGAGAACAGGAUUCACGGCCCCGGGUCGGUGGAGAAGCUGGCGGAGCGCAUUACGGUGCCGCAGCUGCUGCUGUCGGCCGGCAACGACCCGGACUUCGUGCGUGAGGGCGGCAGCGUGGAGAAGAUCCUCAAGGCCAAGGCCGACGUCGGCAAGCUCAGCGAUGUCGUGGACUUCCCCGACGUUAUCCACGGCUGGGUGAACCGCGGGGACCUCGAGGACCCGACCACCAAGGCCGCUGUGAUGAAGGCGUGGCACGCUGCUGUCAAGUUCACGCAGACUGUUAACCCUCUGUAA